GGCGCGGGGCCAUGCGGCACCCGGACCGGCGGCAGCGGCGGCGGCAGCGGCGGCGGCGCCGCCUUCCAGCCCGCGGCGCGGCGGCGGCCGGAGCGCCCCGCACAGCCAUGGGCGAUGGGUGGCUGCCGCCCGACUGCGGCCCCCAAAACCGCUCGGUGGCCGGCGGCGGGGUGACGGCGGCGCCGCCCGGGAGCCGGCAGCUGCCCGCCGAGCUGCUGUCGCAGCAGUGGGCUGUGGGGAUGAGCCUGCUGAUGGUCCUGGUGGUGCUGCUCAUCGUGGCGGGGAACGUGCUGGUGAUCGCGGCCAUCGGGCGCACGCAGCGGUUGCAGACGCUCACCAACCUCUUCAUCACCUCGCUGGCCUGCGCUGACCUGGUGAUGGGGCUGCUGGUGGUGCCCUUCGGGGCCACGCUGGUGGUGCGGGGCACCUGGCUCUGGGGAUCUUUCCUCUGCGAGUGCUGGACCUCGCUGGACGUGCUCUGCGUGACAGCCAGCAUCGAGACCUUGUGCGUCAUUGCCAUCGACCGCUACCUGGCCAUCACCUCACCUUUCCGCUACCAGAGCCUCAUGACCAAGGGUCGGGCCAAGGGCAUCAUCUGCACCGUCUGGGCCAUCUCUGCCCUGGUCUCCUUCUUGCCCAUCAUGAUGCAUUGGUGGCGGGAUGAGGACCCCCAGGCUCUGGAGUGCUACCAGGACCCAGGCUGCUGUGACUUCGUCACCAACAGGGCUUACGCCAUCGCCUCGUCCAUCAUUUCUUUCUACAUCCCCCUUCUCAUCAUGAUCUUUGUGUACCUCCGGGUGUACAGAGAGGCCAAGGAGCAGAUCAGGAAGAUCGAUCGGUGCGAGGGCCGGUUCUACGGCAGCCACGAGCAGCCACAGCCGCCCCCACCUCCUCACCACCAGCCCAUGCUCGGCAAUGGCCGAGCCAGCAAGCGGAAGACCUCCCGGAUCAUGGCUAUGAAGGAGCAGAAAGCCCUCAAGACUUUGGGCAUCAUCAUGGGGGUGUUCACCCUCUGCUGGCUCCCUUUCUUCCUGGUGAACAUCGUCAACGUCUUCAACCGGGACCUGGUGCCAGACUGGCUCUUCGUUUUCUUCAACUGGCUGGGCUACGCCAACUCUGCUUUCAACCCCAUCAUCUACUGCCGCAGCCCUGACUUUCGUAAAGCCUUCAAGAGGCUGCUCAGCUGCCCCCGGAAAGCUGGUCGGCGUGGCGGGAACCCGGCCCACCUGCCGGGGGGCUUCAUCAGCACCGUGGGCUCCCCCGAGCGCAGCCUGGGAGGGACCUGGUCUGACUGCAACGGGGGUACGCGGGGCGGCAGCGAGUCCAGCCUGGAGGAGAGAAAUAGCAAAACAUCCGAUUCGGAGUCCAAGGGAACAGUCAGCCUAGUGGAUUUGCAUUGCCUUCUGCUUCUGUUCAUCAACCUAGGAAAUGAUGCACUCUCCAAAAGCACUCCAUUCAAGCACUGCAAUUUAAAGUUCGGGAUAAUUGCUGGCCGUCUUCGGUGCUGCCUGCAGCCCUCAUCUAGGUCUGAGCAUGGUGCAUGAGGAGGGCAGGAGUCUGCCAAGAUCAUCUGUGCUGCUGUCUGGUCUUGCUCUCAGCAGCUGCUCAUCAGCAGGUUAUUGCAGCUCUUUGCACGCAACGAGAUGCUCGAUGUGGGCAUAACUCUGCUCGUGAAGAGGUGCCAGCCAAUGUUAUAUAAACUCUGUGACAGCGGAUAUGUUAAGAUAUACACAAAUGUGAACAAGGGCGUUUCCUUAACAAUGUUUUAAACCACCCAUAGCAGCUAUGUGGACCAAGAUGACAAAGUGCAGAGAGUGACCAAGCGAAGGAGCAUCACCCCAUCCCCCAGGCUGCAAGGCUGGUACCUGGGCACACUCGACUGCCUGAUGUUCAGGGAACGUCUGGCUGUUAGAGCUGUCCAGACUGCUGGUUUUCUUGCAUGGGUGGGUCUGGACAGCCUGGUGCUGCUGAAAGAAAGCCUGGGAGCCACUGAAGCCCCGAAGGAAUUCUCUUGUGCUAUUUCCAGCCCUACUUUUUAAGAUACAAAGGGCUUCAGAUCAGAUGCAUUUCUGGAGCUUAUCUGUGUGAAUAUUUGACUGCUUAUUCAAACAGAACAAAAGCCUUCAAACCUUCUGAGGUCCAUCCAUCAAGAGCCUUAUCUCCCCGUGUCACCGCUUGGCUCCUGGCUGCUGCUGCUCGGAGCUUCCCACCACCCCUAGCUCACUUUUCUACGCCAACUUCCCAUCUCCCCUCUCUGGGCAGCUUCGCAAAAUUAUCCGUGGUCACCUCCUUGGCUCCCUGCCACCUCAGUGAUGGCCUCAUCUCCAUGUCCCAUGUGUGUAGCCAUCUGGGCUAUGGCCACAGCCAUGACCAGAGCAGAGCAUGCUGACUUUACUUGGCCCCAAGAAAGAAGAAUAUUUGUGGUUUUUUUAUAGGAUAUUAAUGAAGCCCAGAUAAAGGAAUGCAGUCUCCUCUAGCUGAGGUUUGAAGAUUGAAAUAUCCAAGGAGAAUAUUUCUGAUCCCCUCUCUGGUAGCUGCUGCCACCCUCUGGCAGAGGCAUCUUUACCACUACAGUCAGGAUGCCUGAGGUCUCACGUAGCAACCCUUUUCAGGGGCUCUACCCCUUGGUUGGUGAGCAUGGCACGUGAACCACCAAGAUGCACAAGGAGCAUGGUGAGCUCGCAGUGGGGGCAUCAGCAGCCUGAGGGGGUUUCUGGGUGGCUGAAGCAGCUGCACAGUUGUUCUUAUGCACAAUUUCUACAAUGCCUUAUUCAGCUGUGUCAGAAGAGCCUUUGCAGGGCUUGGUAUUGGGGCCACAGGACGUUUGUUGCUUCAAAGCUGAGCUGGCACAAGAAGUCGUCUGCAGUCCUGCUGUCCUGUCAAAGCUGUGGCCAAAAACAACAGGGUGAAGCCUUUGGAAAGAGCCACCCAUCCGCAGUGCAACCGAGUUAAAAUGGGGAUCUGGCUUGAAACCAGCUUUUAAGCACAUCAGGGGUUGAAAUCCUGUGCACAAUGUCAGGUAUCAGAGGUCUCUGCUGCUUGGUACCACCUGGUCUUGGCUUGAAUUUACACAAGGUUCAGCAUUGAGUGGCCUUUUCCAAUGGGGACCAUUUUCUUAUGGUCCUUUUCAUAGCAGAGUCUGACCUGUGGGCUGUUGUUGCUCUUCUCCCAGUGUUUUUAAUGUUUUUCUCUGUUUUGAUAGUCAGAAGGGUAAAACUAAUUCCUAUCUCAUACAUAACAAUUAAUUUGACUCAAUACCAAAAGGAUAAAUGUACUUUUUAUACUGUGGUGUAUGAUAAGCUAUUUAUAAAUAUCAUAUCACUUCUGGGUCAUCUUCAGGGUUUAAAAUAAAGUUUAAUUUAAACAUAAUUUUCCAGUGUUGACAGAUAUGAUAAAUACUUUUUUGUUCCAACAAAACCUAAUUUCGACAAUGUUUUGCAAAAACCAUCAUAAGCUAAGGAUUAUUCCUUGAUUUUUUUGCUUUGUUUGUCUCCGUGUUCCAGUGUUUAGUUUAAUGUUACGUUCCACUAUAGAAAAAAUCAUCUGUGACUGCAGUGAUUUUUUCACCAAGGCCCCUGCUCAAGGGAUGGGAGGAUGCCCUUGGGAAGAAUGAUGGAGAGAGGUGUUAGGUCAUUUCACAGAGGCCUUGGGGCAGUCACAGUAACCCUCUGCACUAUUAAGGGACUUGCCUUGCAGGUUCGUGGGGGACUAAACGUCACCACUACUGUGAGACACCCUACCUUGAAGAGGCCCAGGACUUUUAAUCUGCUGCUGGGACAGCUGUAGCACACAUGUUGGCCACAGCCCGAGGUCCCAGGCCUGCGUGACACCUCUGCAGCGUGAGGACAGCAGCAGGUUAGCAUUGCUUUAGGGAAUCACACGCUUGUGCAAUGGCUCAAGACCAGAGGGACCUGUCCCUGGGGAUCCAGUGUCACACGGGACCUAUUUUACACUCAAACUCCCUCACUGUAAUCAUGCCCACUGGUGUGAAGAUGGUGGCCACCUCCUCCUCCCCUCCAGAACAUCUCUCUUCCAAAAGCUCUUUCUCAGGCUUCAAGACUGGUGGCAGAACCUUGGGGCACCACUGCAAAGCCCUGUGGCAACUUUAGACAAUUCAGCUAAAAGUGAUGUUCAAGGCAAUCCCAAAAGCAAGCCAAACAAAAGGGCACAGUGGGACAAAUUUCAUGUCUGGAGGGUGAGGUUAAGCAGAAGACCUCCAUCUACAGGAGCUGAGCUGAGUCCCUCCAAAAUCUCUCUGGACCUUCUCUGGUUUUCCUGCUUUCCCAUGUAAACAGCUCUGAGGAAGAUCUGUUUUUCUGUAAUGAAACGUUUUCAUUCUGCAGUAAAAUAGCUCUUACAUCAGCUGCCAUUGUAUUGCGGAUGCACAGGCUGCACAACAGAGCCCUUGUAAGGUAUGUUGUGAGGUGAGUGGGUCAGAUCCCGAGCUUGAACAGCAAAAGUACAAGGAACAAUGAGGAGGAAAACCAACUUGUUUUAAAGUGCUUCAAGGCUGCUGUCUAUCUUGUGAGCCUCACAGCUUGCAGCCCAUGCUUCUCAAACCACCUUCCUGUUAGACAGCCAAACAAGAGACGAUGCUAUUUGGAGAGCAAGUCUGCAUGCUAGAAAAUUGUAAACUCUGAUGCUUGUAUUCACAUGGACUGGCCUCCACUUGCAAGGAGCCUCCAGCUGCUUUGCUGAAAUUACUUGGGAAAGGGGCAUCCACAUCCAGAAGCAGGGGAAGGUCUUCUGGUAGGUUGCCAUGUUGCUUAGGCUGCUUUCAUGGUGAUACCGAGGGGUCAUUACCUGGUGCAGGCAGCUACGAUAAUCCAUUCCAUGGGAACAGGUGCUGGAGGAUAAUCCUGCAGUUUUUCUUGGUUAUGGUUCAGUUCAGUCACUAAGACUGAGCAAACAGGAUUGUCAUAGCAGCAUAUCAGGAUAUGAAGUUAUGGGUGUUGCAUGUCUGUGGCUCUGCGGACAUUUGUUUCCAAGGCAGACACUGGCUUUGCUGAGCAGCCUGCCCCAGCCAGGGCAGCGGGUGAGUGGCUGAGCCGUUGGCGUUGAAGGGUUUUGCUGGCUGGCUCCUGUGGGCCACGCUCAGAUCUACACUGUGCACCACAGGGAUGCAAAGCCCGUGGUCUCUACAGCUCUCUUGGAAAGACGCUUUCCCUGGCCCCUCAGUUGCUGAUGGGAUGGAGACUGCCUGGCCAUACAUCACAUGGAGGAAUCACUCCAAAGGCUGGUCUGGGCCAAGGAACUGGUGGAGGUGCUGAGGAAGGACAAGGGGCUGGGCUGACAGACUUGCUCUGGAGGGAAGCCUUGAGGCACUGCAGACCCCCCUGGGGUUUACACUGAACCAGGCCCCCUGACUCUGCAAAGCUUCAGAGCGAGUCUGUCCCUGUGUAAGUGUGGGCUCAUGCCUCCAGAAGACUUCAAUGUAUCAUCAGGUUUUCUUUAAAAUCACUGGAGUUCUGCACUCAUCCGUUCCCUCUCAGUCCUCCUCUACAGCUCUUAGAGACCAGCAUGCACCCUGGUGACACCCCUUGCUAUGCAAAGUCAGCACCUCUCUGUUUCCAUUUUACCACCUUUUGCUUCUGCUGAUAACAACACUGAGCACUCCCCCACCCCCAGCAAUUCCCUUCUCCACCAGCAAAGAAAGAUGACACAUAAAGUUCAUGGCACCAGCCUGUACAGUGUCUGUGCCCAGACGUCUGCUCCCCUUGACUGGUUUGCUUUAGGACUUAGCUGACACCUGAUUUCAGUAACAGCAAAGCAAUUGAGCUUGGUUUCAUGGCUUUGUGGCAAUCUUGGCUUGAAGCUGCUUUAAAUAACAAAUUGCAAAAUAACCAUAUGUGUACAGAGAUGAAUACCAAACUGCAGGAAUAGGAACUAGUGACGUGCAGCUCAGGAAGGCUUGUUAAACCUCCAGUUUGUAGCCGUGCUGAUAAGGCAGUUUCCAAGAAGUUGCCCAGCCCUUAAAUUCUAGAAACUCUCUCUUCCCAGGUCAAUAACCUUUUAUGGAGUGAAUCCUGGUGUCAUCCUACAAGCAAACACGGUCCAGGCAGGACAUUCUGCAAGUGAUAUGAGAAAGAGGAAAACACGUUGCUAAGAAGGGGUCCAGAAACCUUCUGGGGUAGAAAACCAAUGCACACUGUGAAAAGCACAUUUGGUAAUUCUGAUAGUUGGUAAAGCACAAGAAACCAUGCUUCAGCUUCAUUCUUCUUUGGCCACAUCUUCUCCUUGACUGAAAGGGGAUGGAGGUGGCAUUAGCAGAGCUGCCGCUCUGCCCUUCCUGCGCUCUGCAGGCUGCAGCCCUGCCAGGCUUGGACUCCAUCCAAGGGCUCCCCUCUUCCCAGGGGAAGCAGGGCUCUGCACCCUGGCCACCCCGACACCAGCUCCCUUGCAGGUCCUCUCCCUGCUUUUCACCAGCCUUUGCUUCAGGCACGAACAGAGGCUCCUUGGAGAUAAGGUUUUCCAUAACAUCCUGCAGCUCUGUUAGCAAAAAUGUUCAGUGUGGCCCAAGAUGGGGCUGAUUACACUCAGUUGUUCAGUUCCCUCAUUUCAUCGGGAUUUUUUAAAACAUCUCAUGCAGGUGCAGGAGUUGACACAACAGAGCAUGCACCGUGUUAGAGUCCAUCCAGCUUGUGUGUAAACAAUGCUAAUCCCUUUUUUAAACUCUUAGGAGUUGUUUCAUAAACACAACAUAUUUUGAUUAAUUUCCAAAUCAUGUGCCAUUUCCUCAGCAGGCCUGGUGAUGGAGGAGCUGCCCUUGGGGACAGGGCUGCAUCCCUGCAUCCUGCAGAGCAGACCCAGGUCCCCAGCAGCAGAGCCAGGCAGAGGCUACCACCUGCUGGAUCUUUCUCUUUGAAUCCCUGCUCCCAACCUCCCCACAAUGACAUUUACUGAUGGUGCAGACCACUUUCUGGGCAAAUGCAGAAACGCUGUGUGCUGAGCAUCAUGGCACAAACCCCUCUCGCCAGCUCUUCAUCAAUAACAGAGCUAUAGAGAUGUGUGCAAGCCGUGCAAAUGGUGAGGAUGCUCAGUGAGUAGCUUUGUGGGCCUGACCUGUUCAUUGCUCGUUUGGGGUCUGAUGUGUUUUCUAGAAUCUGGGUGUGCUCUCUUCCUUGCUGGCCCUGCAGAACAGGGGCACCUUUCUGAGCAGAGGCAAAUUGCCGGAGUUUUGCUGAAUUGGGGAACCUGACAUUUCCCCAUUGAAACUCACUUCUACCAAAAAAAAAAGAAAUUACUCUUCCAACAGUGCUUAAGAAGGGGGAAUAAAAUUCAUGAACACUGGAUGGACACCUGUAUGAAUUUGUGUGGAUCUCACCCUUGUGUGGGGAGUCUUGGGCAUCUUCACAGGAAGUGGGGCUGCUUUCUUGAGGGUGCAGGACCUGGCCUGUGUAAUCCAGGCAACCCAGGGACAUGUUUGUCCCACUCAGGGAGCUCAGCCAAGUGACUCCUGUAGCUCACCCUGAUUCCUGCAGCCUUAAGAUUAAGGGACUUGGCCCCUGCUUUAGAUGGGCAGAUUUUGGGGAUCUUGGUGGGCUGAAUGCCCACUGCUGCCAGCUAGCCCAGUGGUGCUUGUGGUGUUGCAGCAUGUGCAUUUCUGAGGCAGAGACUUAGUUUUUGCACUGAGCAUGAUGAAUGCUAUCAGUGUGAUUUCCUGAUCUAGGUUUUCUUAGAUUGACCCGCUCUUCUGAGCUGUCCUGAACGUCAGCAGGCCGUGCUAGCUCGCACCUACAACACAUCAGGCCUCAGCUGCCCAAUUAGCCAGGCUCUGGGAAGGUCUCUGGAAGGACUCCAAUGGCCUCAAAUAGGAGUUGCCUCAUGCCCCAUGAGAUCAAAAUGUCUCUGCAUAUGAAAAAAUAUUGUGGAAACUGUGUCAUUCAUGCACAAAAGCCGCACUUCAAACUUUAUCACAUAAAAUACAUAAAAUUGUAAAUGGAAAGAAAAAUUGCUUGAGGCCUGAUGCACAUUAAAAUUGCUGGCCUGUGAAAAAUGUCCCUUCCCAUAAACACAGAUAUUUCCUGGGGUCUGGCACGCUAGUAGGCAUCCACAGCUAGAAAACUUGGACUCUUUCUGCACUCUUCAAACCACUUGUUUCUCAUUUCUGGGCUGAUCCCUCGUCUUGCCAAGAGUGACCCAGAGCAAACGCUUAUGAUGAAGUUAUCACUAUGAGGCGAUGUGCCAGCAUGAUAGGUGUGCUCCAGGACCUCAUAAAUACAGCAGCAGCACCAGAGAGUGAUGCCCGGGGGCAGAGAUGGGUGCUGAGAGCAGCCCAUGCACAGCCUGCAGCACUUGGCCUGCUUAGGUCUUUGUGGGAGGUCUUACUUUGUGGUCCCAUCCUGCCCCACUGAUGCUGGUCAGGCUUUGACCAUGAUGCUCAGCUAUGCGGAGUCCCUGCAGUUUCCACAGGUGCUAUCUGCGGCUUGACCGUAUUCCAGGAAUAGCUGAUUGCCAUGGCCCAGGGAGCAGAAUUUAGCAUAUCACCUUGAGGAAAAGUGCAGAGGAUUGAUUGUUAUGCAUAGCAAUGCAACUCUGAGGGAAAAAAUGAAUUCAUGUAGGUAUUAACCAUCAAUUUGUCAUACAGCCUCUAAAGGCAGCUUCUGAUGCUCUGAAGUGUUCAGUGAAAAGCAACAGAUGCUUCUGCAUCUCCUCUGGCUUCUCCGAAGUUCUUCGGCACUGGCAGCAGGUGACUGCCACCAUGGCUGUUUGCUGCUCAGCAAAUGGGAGAAGCCAUGAUGGUGACUGCAAGUGGCUCUGUCCUCUGGUCUGGGGCCGUGAGGUAAAUUGUAGCUCAGCCUUUCCCCCUGUGCCGUGGUUCCCCCCUCGGGCAGGAGCACUGGGGACUGACUGCACUGCAGAAGUGCCGUCUGUCUCAUAUAGGCUGGACAUGAAGCACUUUCCAUUUAUUGCUCUGCCAUGCCUCACUACCGCCUCCCUGCAAUGCCUCUGUGGCACACAGGUCCCACCUCACACCCUCCAGCAUCUGGGCCUGAAUGCAAACACAUUCACGCUUCAAGCAAGAGUCAAGUGUAAUAAACCAUCUGCACCAUUUGUCCACUAUCACAAACAAAUUAUCCUUUUUUUUUUCCCAAAAAACACAUUCAGUUCAGGCCAGCCAGUCACACUGUACAAGCCCAUUGCUGAUCCACAAGCCUGCAGAGUGUGGGAGCUGAGAGGGCUGACGGGCUCUCAUGCUCUCCUGCCCCGGUCUUAUGGGAUAGCUGUGGAAUGUGGCUCAGCUAACUGGGCUGUACGGGUUCCCUGCUGGAGCAUGUUCCCCCAACUGACAUCAGGAGACAUCCAGCUGCAAUGACUAAGCUCUUCUUACAUUCCAGAAACCCAGCAAGUAAAUGUUUCUUGAAAAUGAGCUAGUGUUUUGUCUUGGGAGAGGAGUAAACCAUCAGCUUGGUUGCUUUUGUGCAGGGGGUAAAGCUUCUUGGGAACCCAUGGGGCACCAGACAGUAACAUGAGCAUCUCUCUUGCAUGCCUUCCCAGCUCGUCUCUCCUCCUUUGAUGGGUUUGGAAUAAGCUCUGGAGGUCCAACUGCGGAGAGUAAUGAUGUGUGAAAGCUCACUUUCAUUUUUCACUCUACUUUUUUGGAAGGUGGAACAUUUUACAGUUGACAGUACCAUGCUAAAGCCAUAUGAGGCAAGCAACUAUUUUUAACCAGAUGGAGACUAUCUGAGAGUCUACUGCUGAAUCAUUUCAGAAGAAAUCAUGAGAUCCAAAAGUGGUGCUGGAGGGACAGGAGUGGAAAGGCUUUUAUCGUGUACUUGUUCCAAUAGCUGUUCAAUUACUUCAGGACUAUGAUGAUGACUAUCUGAAAGUGCCUGUGGGGUCACUUCAAGCAGUGACUGCAUUUUACAAAUGCUUCUGCUUUGGGAGAGAGGCAGGUUAGAGCAGCUUGAGAGGCCGCCUGUGCUUGCUAACCCCCUUCACACCCUGCACCAUGCAGGGUGAACCAUGCCAAAUGGCAAAAGGCACUUGAGCUUCUUGGCACAGCCCUUCUCUGAGCCCCCAUCACCCCGUAUCAGCUGGCUACCAUACAUUGAAUGCUUGUGGGACCACAACCUGGGGUGAGAAGGAGAAAGGGUGGCCUCAGCCCUGACAGCCAAAAGUGCCAUUUCUCCCUCCUCUGCCCAUGCCAGUACAGAGGUGGCACUUCAAAUAAUGUGAGUUUGCCAAGCAAAACCAAACUUGUGGCUAAACUGAGGAAUUUUCUUCCCAUUUUCUUUGUCUAACUUACCUCAGACUCACAGCAACACCCCUUCUCGCUGGAGGGACAGCAGCUAUGGACCAAGGCAGGUCCUCACACAAGCAAAGGGAGAGCUAGAAAGUCAGGCUGAGUUACAACUGCCCAACAGGCCAUAACCCAAAUCAUGUUACAAGCUAAUCAGCAUGAUCGUGUGAAUUAAUGCAUAGCCUAUUCAUACCCACAAGGGUGCUAAACAUGUGCACUGUGUUUACCUUUGUUCUGAAGUUUGUGGUUCCAUUGCAUGUGCAACCGAGUAUUUGGCCUUGGAGCUGAGCUGGGAGUCCAUGUAGAAAUGUAUCACUGCUGGGGCACAUUGUGGUGCCACACCAAGGGCUGGGAGGAACGUUUCUGCCUUCAACCCUGCUGCGGUCUGUGAGGCUUUGUGAUCUGCACCAUUUUCCCAUUUUGCAAGGGGAAAUCAAACCACCUAGUUUGGUACUUGGUCACUGGCCUGUCUUCUCAGAAUCAUUGAAACCAUGGUGGGACACAUCAGCCCCCUUUAGACCACUUUCUUGCUCUGAUUUCACAGAAGGUGCUGCUUCUGGGUUCCUCUGCAUUGAGAACAAAAGUCGAACCCUGGCCUGGGUUUGCACUGCAGUAUGGCUGGGGCAGAGCUUGUGAAGGUGACACCAAGACGUGAUGGAGUGGUCCUGUGUCUGCUUGUCAUGCAACAAAACAUAGCAUCUUACUUUUGGAGAGAUUGGAAAGUUCAAAUGAACUCUUCCUCUGCCAAGCCAUCAAUAUCUUUCACAGGAGUGAGUGCAUAGCAAGAGUAGUUUUAGCUGGCAACCUGAUGGCAGCCUCAAAUGUUGGCCAUUGUAGGUAGGUCGCAGCUCCCUCCAGGGCCUCUGCAAACAUCCUAAAUGUGAGCUAUAAGACCAGGUGGGCUUUCUGGCUGCAAGGACCCACAAGAAAAUUUAGCCAAGGGGAUAGGAUACACCACCUUUAAAAAGCCACCAGGGCCAGUGUCUGCAGCAUGGGGUACAGAGCUCAAAAUUAAUGAUCCUUGAAAUCAGUUGUCUUUAAAAUCAAUUGCAAAGUGAAGGGAAAGCAGUGGAGCAUGCUGAGACCUCCACCAACCUCUGCACAAAGAGCCCUGGCUCCAUGUUGGGUUGUUAUAGCUGUGACCGUAGCUGUCGCUUUGUGGUUUUGCUCUCUCUGUGCAAUGGAAAGAAGUAGAAGUGGGGCUUGCAUCACUACCCGUGAUGCUAAACACAGUGCAAGCUACCAAGCUCACACGUGUGGUCUACGGGGCACUGGAAAUGGGAGACUUGCAUCUCCUGUGGGACUUGGCUCCCACGUGGGAUGUCCAUCCCUGGAGAGGUCCAGAACUGCCCCUCCAGACCCACCUCUUCUCCCUUUCCCCCUGGUUAUUUCUCAUCUCACCAGUCCUCCCAGGACAGGGCUGUGGGGAAGGGACAGCCCCCUGCCUGUCACCAGCCCCCCCAGCUGGGGGACUCUGCAGCUGCCUGAAAAGCUGACCUGGGCCUUUCACUUGAGGAAACGUGUGGUUCAGCUGAUGCCACCGAUCUGCAUCCAGCAUGUUCACGCUUGCACAGCACGCGUGGCUUGUCCUGUCCCCAUGCCUUCCACCUUGAGUAAUGGGGCCUGACGCCUGUAUUUUUCCAGAACACAAUCUCUUCAGAUCAAAUUAAUUCUGUGAUUUCCAUCUGCUUCCUCCUCUGCAUAGAUGAUGAAGACUUCCUGAAGCUAACGGCCAAGCUUACUCAAAGCUGGGACAUUAAAAUUAAUCUUUUGUUCUCAGGUAUGUUCUGUCGCCUGAUGACUCUGGGUGCUAGCAACUUCUUGCCCACAGACCCGCAAGUCC